AAGAGCUGUAGAGUCUUAGCUGCACAUGAAGCUGCUCUGUCUAUUUUAAACCACACUGCGUUGGACUAUAUUUAUACCUCCAGCAGCGUGUGACUCAGUUUGUGCACAGAGGAGAGCCAGGGAGACACAGUGUUUGUGUGAUCGAGUGAGCCUGCAUGUGUGUGUGUGAGAGAGAGGAGCACAAUGAUUGCAGCCCAGCUACUUGCCUACUACUUCACUGAACUCAAGGAUGACCAGGUUAAAAAGAUCGAUAAGUACCUGUACUCCAUGCGUUUCUCUGACGAGACGUUGGUGGAAAUCACGCAGCGUUUCAAGAGGGAGCUGGCCAAAGGACUGGGUCGGGACACCAACCCCACCGCUGCACUGAAGAUGCUGCCUACGUUUGUGCGAUCGAUCCCCGACGGCUCAGAGAAAGGUGACUUCAUUGCGUUGGACCUGGGAGGCAGCAACUUCCGGAUCCUCCGCGUGAAAGUGAGCCACGAGAAGAAACAGACAGUUCUGAUGGAGAGUCAGAUCUACGACACACCAGAGGACAUCGUUCAUGGAAGUGGAACAAGGCUGUUCGACCAUGUGGCAGAAUGUCUCGGUGACUUCAUGGAAAAACAACACAUCAAAGAUAAGAAACUCCCAGUGGGUUUCACCUUCUCCUUCCCCUGCCAGCAGACCAAACUAGAUGAGGGUUAUCUGAUAACAUGGACAAAGCGUUUCAAGGCAGGUGGAGUGGAGGGGAUGGAUGUUGUCAAGCUGCUCACCAAAGCCAUUAAGAAACGAGGGGACUAUGAGGCUGACAUCAUGGCUGUAGUUAACGAUACAGUUGGAACGAUGAUGACCUGUGGUUUCGAUGAUCAACGCUGUGAAGUCGGCAUCAUCAUCGGCACAGGCACCAAUGCGUGCUACAUGGAGGAGCUGCGCCACAUCGACCAGGUGGAGGGAGACGAGGGCAGGAUGUGUGUGAACACUGAGUGGGGGGCGUUCGGAGACGACGGCAGACUGGAAGACAUCAGGACCGAGUUUGACAGAGAGAUAGACCGAGGCUCUCUCAACCCCGGCAAACAGCUAUUUGAGAAGAUGGUCAGUGGUAUGUACAUGGGGGAGCUGGUGCGUCUCAUUCUGGUGAAGAUGGCCAGAGAGGGUCUGCUGUUCGAGGGGAGGAUCACCCCUGAGCUGCUCACUAAAGAGACGGUUACGACCAAACACGUCUCAGCCAUAGAGAAGAGUAAGGAAGGACUGAGCAAAUCCAGAGAGAUUUUAACCAAACUUGGUGUGGAGCCGUCACAUGAGGACUGUAUCGCUGUGCAGCAUGUUUGCACCAUUGUGUCUUUCCGCUCGGCCAACCUUAUAGCUGCAACGCUGGCCGCCAUCCUAAUGAGGCUAAAGGAAAACAAAGGUGUGGCACGCCUUCGAACCACCGUAGGCAUUGACGGAUCGCUCUACAAGAUGCACCCACAGUACGCCCGCCGUCUCCAUAAGACAGUCCGUCGUUUGGUGUCGGACUCUGACAUCCGAUUCCUAUUAUCCGAGAGCGGCAGUGGAAAGGGGGCUGCCAUGGUGACAGCUGUGGCCUCCAGACUCGCUGACCAAUCACGACAAAUCACCGAAACGCUGUCCGAAUUCCGCCUGACGAACGACCAGCUGUUGGAGGUAAAGAAACGAAUGAGGACAGAGAUGCAAAAUGGCCUUUCCAAGAGCACUCAGGACUCUGCAACGGUCAAAAUGCUGCCGACCUUCGUACAAAGCACUCCCGAUGGCACAGAGCAUGGUGACUUCCUGGCUUUGGAUUUGGGAGGAACCAACUUCAGGGUUCUGUUGGUCAAGAUUCGUUCUGGCAAGAGGAGAACGGUGGAGAUGCACAACAAGAUUUACGCUAUCCCUCUGGAGGUGAUGCAAGGCACAGGAGAGGAGUUGUUUGAUCACAUUGUGCAGUGCAUCAGUGAUUUCCUGGACUACAUGGGGAUGAAGAACACUCGUCUUCCUCUGGGCUUCACCUUCUCGUUCCCCUGCAGACAGACCAGCCUCGACGCUGGCAUCCUGGUGACAUGGACCAAAGGCUUCAAGGCGACAGACUGUGAAGGAGAGGAUGUGGUGGGACUGUUGAGGGAGGCCAUCAAGAGGAGAGAGGAGUUUGACCUGGAUGUCGUGGCUGUGGUGAACGAUACCGUGGGAACGAUGAUGACUUGUGCCUAUGAAGAAUCCACCUGUGAGAUCGGACUCAUUGCUGGCACUGGGAGUAAUGCGUGUUACAUGGAGGAGAUGAGGAACAUCGAGACAGUCGAGGGUGAUGAGGGACAGAUGUGUGUCAACAUGGAGUGGGGGGGUUUCGGAGACAACGGAUGCCUUGACGACAUCAGGACAGAGUAUGACCGCACUGUGGAUGACCUCUCGCUCAACCCGGGCAAACAAAGAUAUGAGAAAAUGUGUAGCGGCAUGUACCUCGGUGAAAUUGUGCGAAACAUCCUCAUCGACAUGACCAAGAAAGGAUUCCUGUUCAGAGGACAGAUUUCUGAGACACUGAAGACCAGAGGCAUCUUUGAAACAAAGUUCCUCUCUCAGAUAGAGAGUGACAGACUGGCAUUGCUGCAGGUCAGAUCCAUCCUGCAGCACUUAGGACUAGACGGCUCCUGUGAUGACAGUAUCAUCGUCAAAGAGGUGUGUGGAGUAGUGUCUCAUCGUGCAGCUCAGAUAUGCGGGGCAGGAAUGGCUGCAGUGGUGGACAAGAUCAGAGAGAACCGAGGACUGGACCAUCUCAAGAUCACUGUAGGGGUGGAUGGGACACUCUACAAACUACACCCACAUUUUUCCCAGAUCAUGCACCAGACAGUGAAUGAACUGGCUCCCCGGUGUGACGUCAACUUCCUGCUGUCUGAGGAUGGGAGCGGGAAAGGAGCUGCCCUCAUCACAGCCGUGGGCUGCCGGAUGAGACAAGAGCUGAACAGCAAAUAAAAAAAAUCUCCUCAUGUCUCACUGUUAUAUCCCCCACUUCUCCGUUGUCCGUCCCCCCCCUCCCACCUCCACAGUCUUUAACUCUUUCUCUCAUCCAUUGUCUCCUUUUCCCUCCCAAAUGAAACCAGUCCAGUCAAUGUAUCACACUCCAGUAGCUGCUUUAGUCUGUCUGCGUGUCAGGGCGAGAAGGAGAUAGCUUUCCUCCACUGUGUAAAGUAGCAGAGCCUCGGGCACUAUGUGGUAGUUAGAUUGUUUUUGAUUGUAACAAUACACAAACGCUUAAGAUUUUGGUUUUCUGAGGUUAAACUUAUGUAGAUAAAACACACACAUUCAACUCUUGUGAAUGUAGGGCAGAAAGAAAAGACUGAACACUCCUGUAAUGCUCCUCUGUCGCCAUCUGGAGGAUUCCUUUGAUAACUUGUGGUAACAAAAUCUGUGGCAAUACAUCGAGCAAAACAGUUGCAGUAGAAAAGGAAAAACUUAAAUCCUUGUUCAGUUUGCUGCCGGGAUAUGAAAACACUGUUUUAGACCAAAGUCACCAACGUGUGUCUGCUGUCGGCCGCUCAAACAUUGUAAAAAGGCUUAUGAGGUGAUAUAUAAAUGUGUAAUGAGAUGAAAGGGAAUAUUUUUUGGCUUUAAAGAUUUGAAAGUCUUUACCCAGAUAUAAGACAAUAUGUGAUACAUACAUUGAUGCUAUUUAUUUUAUUUUUAUAUUGGGAUGUGUUGAAAAAUGUUACUGUUGCAAUAAUGAUGCACAUAAAGGAAGCCAUUGUCCUCGCCAGCGCCCUCGGAGGGUACCUGUCCUGUAAAUGUUGGAAGGAACCUAAGAGGUGUCGCGUGCUUGCUGAAUGUGCACAUUUGUCCUAAUUGAAAGCAUUGAUCCUCUUUAAUGUAUUCUACUGUAAAUUAUGUCCAAAGAGCUCUUGUAUUUUACCAGGUAGAAAUGCUUUUGUUGGUACUUAUCGUAGCUGUUGAUCAUUCGCUUUAAGAAGUACUGGCUCUUCAUCGCGGCGAUGGCUCACCAGCCAUGAAAACAGGAACGAGGUGCUUAUUCAGAUGCCAGAGAAACAACAACGGCCAAUCUGUGUAUGACAAGAACAUUGCAAUGGUGAAACUUUACGGGGAUUUUAAACAUUCUGGAAAUAAAGCACCUUCUUAUACUCACUCCCGGUUUGCCAUAUUCUCCUACAAGUCAGGAGGGUGUUUUAGUGAAACUACUGUGUGGCUCAUUCAAGUAGCACAGUUCCUAAAAAUUCAAUAUUUAUUCUUCUCUUUGAUAAAAGUAAUUAAUCAGACAAGUUACUGCUACAUAUGAGGCUCUUUGAGAGAUGGGCUCAUUUGAUUUUUUUGUGUAGGCUGGGUGAUUUUUAGAUCUCACAUAAAGAUACUCCGGAAUACAGCACAAAUUCUGGCUUGUGGAGAAAGUAAGCACCAGUUUGACCUGAAGCUAAUACUUACAAUAAAUUGCAAUAAAACUGCAAGCUAGUUCAAUUUGAAUAUACUUUCUAGAUAAAUAAGGUCAGCCUCUCUGGUAGGUCCUGAGCUACCCUGCCUUCACACACACACACACACAUUUUAAUCUCUUUGCCUCUGUUCACAAAACCCGGACUAACUGUCCAACACUGUCAGUCGACCAGUCAUUAAAUAAAAACAAACCUGUGUCAAA